UGAACCCUUUUUUUCACUUUCUCUCUUUGUGGAAACCCCUCCUGCUCACUUGAUGCCCACCAAACAGAACAUUUCUUACCAUGAUGUUAUAAAAAUUUAUUUCAAAACAGGAAUGGAACAAUGAGAAUUCACUCAUUAGAUCAUCAUUGAAUCUCUAAACAAAGCUUUCUAACAAACCAUGUUUCAUAGGAAUCCAGCACUUGCAACUGAAUGCAUGACACAUCCAAUCAAGGCAAAACCAACAAGAAACAUUUUUUGAAACCGUGAGUCCAACCUCUGAACAUGCAACAAGUUCAACCACAGAUUUUUUCACAAUCAGACUGAAGAGUUUUUUAUAUUGUUAGAUUUCUCUGUUUCGAAACAUGUGGCGUGCAAGGGCAUCGCGCACCAACUUCCCCUCCUCCCGGUGCCUUCUGUCUCCCACAGGGAGUUCAAGAGAUUCCUCAUCCACCUCCACAGGCCUCACGGGAGAAUCAUCCUCUGGAAUGCCAUGACCUUUCAAUUCACAAAUGUUAUGUAGCACCACACACGCGGUAGCUAUGCAGGUCACAUUCUCCUCCGCAACCAUAAGCUGUGACCUCAAACACCUCCAGCGCCCCUUCAAACGUCCGAAACAUCUUUCCACUAUGGUCCUAGCUCUGGUGAGGCAGCGGUCAAAGUAUGCUUCUGCGGGAGUGUGGGGCCUAUUGAAGGGCUUCAUCAGCCACCUUCUCAUGGGGUAGGCUGCAUCAGAUAUGAUGAGUGGUGGCACGGUUACACCCUCUAUUGUAAGACUGGGGUUGCCUGGCACAAACACCCCCGCAUCCAUUGCCGUACAAAUUGCAGAAUUCACAAAAACAAAGGCGUCAUGGUUCCGCCCACUCCAGCCAACCUCUGCAUCAAUGAAUCUUCCAGUAUGGUCCACCGUGCCCUGGAUGAGAAUGGAAUUGAAUUUCUUGCGGUUGAUGUACUCCCGUCCACGGCCUUUAAAUUUGCAAAUGGCAACAUGGGUGCCAUCAACUGCACCAAUGCAAUGAGGAAAGCCAAGUUUCUGAAAUCCAGACAUAAUCUGCAAUGAAAGAGAAAAAAACAAGAUUGCUGUUAGAGAGAAUCCCCUCUUUCUCCCACCGCCUAUAUUCAUAAUCUCCUCACUACAGCGCUGAGGCAGUCUCACAUCUCCAGAAUCCAGAGGAGUUAGCCAUAGUCUGUACUAGUGAAAUAAAAAAGAGUACAGUAGAACCCUCAGCACUUGCAAAUUUUACUGUAGCUCAAGCUUUUGAGAAUCACAGUUCGCUUGUUCAAACGCACAAGAAAAAAGGGAACCGCGACUCUCGAAAGCUCAUGGCACGAUAAAAUUGGUUUAAAGGUGCAGCUCAUUGCCUACGUGUCAGCAACAUAGUUUUUUGUGCUUCAAAUUGUAAUCUUUGACCAGUACAGUUUGAAUGGAGACUGUUACUCUGGGAGAUGAGUGCGUACUCACCCUCGCCACAUCAGGUCCAAGGCACACGACUCUACUGAGUAGCUCCAAUUCUAUCGCCAAGCAGACCUCCAAGACGAUUCCUGCCACUGUUGAAAUACCCACUCCGAAUUGGUUCAUGCAUUGACGGUAAGUCGAACAGUUGGCAAGAUACCAAAGUGCUAUGGCGACUCUCAUCUCCACAGAGAUUGGAUUGCGAAGUCUGGUGCGCUGACGGGAAAGACGGUGCCCUAUGGAAUGAACCAAUUCAUUGAAAGUCUCCCUGGUCAUACGAAAAUUUUCAAUCCACAGCUGGUCAUCCCAUAUGGCAGUGACGAAAUUGUCCCACCAGUCCCUGCUACGGGGAUAAAUCCAGUAGCGACGGGGGACUCUGAUUCCGGCUACAGCGAGAAAACGUGCUCUGUUCAUUGCUGUUCUCCUUGUUCUCCAUAAAGGCGGAGGUAUGCACCUCAGUGCAAGUGAUUUCCUAAGCAUUCUCCUUCUUCUAACCACUCGCAUCCAGUAACUGUUGCAGGCAUCGAUCGAUCGCUGAAUAUAGAUAAAGAUGAUGUGAAGCAAGGCCAGUGCCAAUGCUCGGACCGCAGACAUAAUUCAGCAGAAUAAAAUCGGGCUCAAAAAAUCCUCCGCAAUUCCAAAGUAUGCCGUGAGACAAAUGUGUUCACAAGAGUGGAGAACGCACAGUUCCAAGGAAAACUCCCGCCCAAGUUGGCCAGCCUAUCAUCGUGGCCACAUUUUUGGCGGGAGAAAAAUCAUGACUUCCUAGAGGGGAGGAAGGACAUUUGCUAGGGAUAGUUGUGCUUGUGUCUUUUAGGGCAAAGAGCAUAGAGUAGACUUGCAGGAGCAGAUUGACCAGUUCUUCCACUCAAAUGUCGCGAUGACUACACAUGUGAUGGAGCAAAAUUAAGAGGGGCGGAUUACAGUGGAUUGAUGUGUUGACCCCCUCCCCAGUCCAGUUUUCCUGACUCUGAAACACCUAAAAAAAAAAAAAAAAGCGGUAUGUAUGUUUUGUGAAGUAGCGCUUUGUUUUAUUAAAAAAAAAGUACUCGGUCCCGUUUUUUUCAAGCACAAGGAAUGCAGUCAGUCUAAAGCGUUGUGUGAUUCUUUGCCCUGUCAAUUCGCACACGCACCACUGUCUUGUUCGGUUCCCACAAUUUCUUUCCCCUUUACUAGUCACGUGAUGGAAAAGAAAUCGAGUUUCACGUUCAUCCAUCCACGAAAGAGUAAAAAACGGUGCGGUAGGGUAGGAAAUCUUGUCCUAGAUUUUUUUUUAAAAUGGUUUAUCUGUGUUCACCACGAAUUAAACAAAAAUACACUUCAAUGUCACAGUCACAAGUCCACACGCUUCUGAGAAAUUAUCAUAAGCCUCCACUUGAUCUGUCCACCAAAAUAAAUUUUUACUUGAGAACAUUCCAUGUUUUUGGCGGGCACUAAGACGAUUGGCUAAAAUCGUUGAGGGGGCGGGCGGAUGAAAUGGGAGACCAAUCACUCUUGAGAGAACUUUUUGGAAUUUGUGUGUGGCGCAGUUCACUUGGUGCAAAAUGAUUUCCCGGCGUCAUGGAAAUGUCUGGGAAGUGGAGGAGGUAUCUCUUCUUCUGAGGGUUGUUCGGAGGAGUGGGCAUGCAUCUCGGUUAAUGGCCAGCACGCAAUCAAGCAACCGCGGCAUCUAUCGAUUUCUUUCAAGAGUGCUACGCAGUCGCGGAUUUCAUCGAACGGCCAACCAGUGUCGAAGCAAAUUCCAAAAACUGAAGUCCGAUUUCAUUUCAUCAAUGGAGGCACUGCAAUGCAUUCCUAGAAGCAGUCGUAGAAUUAGGGUGCACAACGCGAUGAUGCUAAUCUGGAAGGCGGCAGGGAGGCCUCGAUGUCAAGAAAGACCUCAUGAUGAGAUUAUCUGUGAAAGAGCAGUCAAGAUUGAAGAAACUUCAUCUGAGGAUGAUGAGAAUUCAGAAACUGUUGCAGUGGAAUCAUCAAGUGCAGCAGAAUCUGAUGCGCAAGCCUAUGCACCUCUUGGAGUGACAACUGAAGACCCAGCAAAGAUCAAUACAGCAGCAGUUCCUCAAGCUUCAGAGAGAGAAAGAACAGAUGACAGUGGAUCUCAUUGCCUAGAAACUGAAGAAACCGUAAUCGUUAUAUCUUCCGGCAGUAGUCACGAAGAAGCAACUGAUGACAUGACUGCUCCUGAAACCAUAAUGCCCGGAGAUGUAUCUCCACAACCGAGUACCUCAGCUUCUUUAGCAACACACAGUGGUGCCGCAGUGAGAAAGUAUGCCAUGAGCGCUGAGCACAAACUUCACAUAAUUGAGGAAACAACUUCUUCUGAUGCUGAGGAUGAGGACAGAAACGCCGUUGAGGAAGGCAGAACCGAGGAUGCAGAGGGAACUCCAGUUCUCUCAUUUUCCACAGGUGAUACUUCAGCGGGAGGUUUGCGUGACAUGAUGCCAAAUAAAGACCAAUCCGCUGAUAUUGGCGAGAUCUAUCGUAGUAUGCAGGGAAUACAAUCUCUAUGUCUAUCAAGAAUGGGAAGAUACCAUGAAAGAAUAUGCCGAUUGGAGAGAAACAAUAGAAGCCUUCACAAAGAACUGAGUUCUCUAAAGAAAAAGGUUUCUGCACUUGAGCAAGGUCAUCGUAGCUCAGGAUCAGAGCAAUCAGGAGAUGACAAGAAGAAUUAG